AGGAAACCGACCAUACUUCAUCCACACAUUUCGAUCCUUCCUAGCUACUUCCUUCCUACUCCCCACAACUUAUAUAUAACUAAGGCCAUACCCCCUACCUCUCUUACACCCAAUUCUCUCGCUUAUUCACAUCAUCAUCAUCAUCAUCAUCAUCAUCAUCUUCUCCUUCCUUCAUCUACUCUCUCUCAAACUAAUUAAUACCCACAAUUCGAAGUUAAUUACUCUUCCUCUGUAUUAAUCCAUUUUCAUUUACUACUACCGUACGUUACUACGACAUGUCUCAGCAGUCUGCAGCAGUAGUGUAUCCUCCACCUACACAGUCCUACCCACCACUAGGGCAAGGGGGAUACCCUCAAGGACCUUAUGUAGUAGCUCCACCGCCUUCUGGUUAUCCCACUAAGGAUGGCUAUGGUUAUGGUUAUCCACAGCAAGCUGCUGCUCCACCUGAAACCAGGAGCAAGGGUGAUGGGUUCUGGAAGGGAUGUUGUGCUGCCUUGUGUUGCUGCUGUGUUUUGGACAUGUGCACUUGACGGACUACUGAUCGAUCAUGGAGAUGAUAGAUAGAUAGAAUUAGGCUUCUUCAAUUCGCUAGCUGUUUUGUGUUCAUCCCCUACCUGUUUUCUCUUUUUUAUUUAUUUAUUUAUUUAUUAUAUCCAUUUUAGGGAGGGAUUAAUGUUCUUAUUUAUUUAUUUAUUUCAGUCAGUCAUAUAUAUAUAUAUAUAUCCAUCUCCUUGUGUCCCUCUCUUUCGGACUUUUGUAUUCUAUUCUUUUAAACAGUGAUCAUGUUCCAGUUAAAUAAUAUAUGAUUCAGUUUCUUUAUAAACAAAA